UAAAGCCGCCAUAUUGACAAAAACACGAUGUCAACUGUCAGAAAGUAAACUGUCAACAUAGCUUGAGAACUGUGAAAAUGACUUACGAUUUACCAAGUGUCUCGUAUAUGGCACUGUACAUAGUGUCCAUGCAAAUUGUAAAUUCCAAUUCUAGAAGUUCUGCGGGGUCAAACCAUUGGAAACUGAGCGCCGACGAGGGAAAGGUGAUUCAGAGUAGUGACCAAACAGAUGGAGAAACAGACGACUUGAUGAACAUUCUGACCAACAAAGUGGUAGAGAACGGACAAUGGCGAAUAAUGAGAAAAACAGAACAUUGUGAUAAACAUCGGCAUAAGGAUUGCUCUAACGUUGAUGAUCAGAAAAAGAAGACAGAACUAAGUUGUGGGAAGGCUGUUAACCAUACUCAGUAUGAUCACCUAAGAGGAAUAGCAAACCGAAAUGAACACAGUCAUAUACCAGAGCCAGAGGUCGCACUUAUCUUCAAGAAAAAGGGCAGCAAAGGCUCACAUGUAGAUAUUAAUGAACUGGAGGAAAAACUCAGAAAGAUGAAAAAAGAUGAUCCGACUUCAGCAAAUGUCUAUAACCAAAUAGGAAAUUUUUGGAGAAUUAAAGGAAACACACAGAAUUCAAUAGAAUGCUUUAGAAAAGCAUUAGCAGUCUCUCCAAAUAAUCCCGAGGUUUUACUUAAUAUGGCACGGGUCUUAUUUAAUCUCCAGUAUUUAGAUGAUGCAAUAUUUCUGACAAGACGUUCACUAGUCAUGCAAACUUCAACCCAAAAUACAUGGCUCCAACAUUUUACACUAGGAGAGAUCUUGAAAGCUUAUGGACAUUACCAAGAAGCAGCACUGCAUUUUACUCAUGCCCUUGACCUUAAUCCAGGUUUUCAGCCUGCGAAAGCUCAUCUCAGGGAAAUGGAAGGAACGCCAAGCCCGACAGUGACACAGUAUACACUCUUCAUUAUCUUGUUUUUAGUCUUGGGAGUUAUUUUUGGUGUCAUUACCUCAAUUGAAGCCAGUUUUGAUGACCCAGGAGAAGUGAAGACACAGAGACAUUUUAAUCGGGCCAUGGCCAUGAGGUCAAUAAAACUAGGGAUUAACCCAAAAAUUAUCCGGAUGAGAAAAAUGAAUUGUUAGGACUUUGCUUGCAGGAAUUUUUUGGUUGUGGAAUUUAAUUACAGAAAUUUUAAGUUCUUGAAUAAUACAGAAUUUUAUUUUUUAGCUCAGUCAAUUUUAUAAUGUCCUCAUACUUUAGAAAAACAAUGUACAUUGUUACUUAAAUAUGCUAUACUAAAUUGAUCAACAUAAUCUAUUGUUUGCAUUUGAUCAAUUCUUCCAUAUAUAGCAAAAGUACUGUCAUUAAUUAGCAAUAAAUUUGGGGAAUUACCAUUAUUGUGCUAUUUCAGUGUAUAAUACCUAAUUCUGUGACAAUGUUCUCAAAGCUUCUCUGAUGUUAUUUCAAAAGCAACUUUUUAUUGUAGUUUCCUGGUGCCAAAUUGUUAUUGAUGUAUUCUUAAAUUGGUCUCUUUACAGAUCAAAAAUAAAUAAACUUUAAGCAAAAAACUGCUUUUAUAUUAAUUGAGAUUGAUCUGAAGGUAGUAACAAGUUUGCAUAGGCGACAAGUACGUUUUUAGGACACUCAAUUGCUAUCUGUUUUUGUCCAUCAUCAUGUGUCGAAUAAACUUUUGAACAUUA